UGAAAUUCUUGUAUACCAACCAACCACACAACACCAUCCGGUCUGAACUCUGAAGCCGCCACUUCUCUUGGAUUCCCAAAAUUUCCUCCCAGACAUGCUCAGUGCAAGAGCCAUAGCAAUGAGAGCAAGAUAUGCUCUCAUUUCAUCACUCAAUUUCAUUGUUUUCACUAUUAUGGAUUUUCUUGAUUUCUUCUUCUGCUUCUUCUACUUGUUUCUUGAUAGAUUUCUGGAGGAGAAUCCUCUUCCUUGUUACUGUUAUGUUAAGUGUGAAGAUGAAGAUGAGCUCUCUGAGUCUUUAUGUGGAAGGAGUAAUGUUUUCAGGAAAAUGGUGGUUUGUUUGCAGGAGGAGAAGAAAGAGAAAUGGUGUUUUAAGGCCGAGUUGCUCGAAGGUGGUCGGAUUGCCGUUGCAGUGAAUGUGCUUCUUGGAUGGAGGAGGAGCAAAAGCUUCAUUUUGUUGUUAAGAAGGCAUUUCAAGAUAAACGUGAAGAUCCCCAGAAAGAUUCGAUCGAAAAUGUUAUAUUCAUACAUGGUUUCCUCUCGUCUUCCUUAGUGUGGGUCGAGACAGUUUUCCCAAAUAUAUCUGAAAAUGCUGGUCUAAAUCUGCUGGCAGUUGAUCUUCUAGGCUUUGGUAAAAGUCCCAAGCCUAUGGAUUGUUUAUACAGAUUGAAAGACCAUUUAGACAUGAUCGAGAAAUCGCUUAUCGAACCAUUUCAUUUAGAAUCUUUCCACCUUGUUGCUCACUCAAUGGGUUGCACAAUAGCAUUAGCUUUAGCAGCAAAAUACCCGAAGCAUAUCAAAUCAAUCACACUAGUCGGUGUGCCAUACCUCUCAUCGAAAUCAACCGGAGAAAAAGCAAGCCUCACAGCAAUGAAUGCAAUGUGUGAGAAAAAGAUUUGGCCGCCACUCGCAUUCUCAUCGGCUAUCAUGACAUGGUAUGAACACUUGGGAAGAACAACUUGUCUAAUUUUCUGCAGAAACCAUGCAUUCUGGGAAUGGCUUAUGAAACUAUUUACAAGGGACAUUCAUUUCAUGCUUAGAGACAUGACAAGGCACACACAUCACUCUGCAUGGCAUACAAUGCACAAUGUAAUAUGUGGCGAGGCUAAAUAUCUGGACAAUUACUUGGAAACUGUGAAAAGAGAAGGCAUACCAGUAAAAAUAAUUCAAGGAGAUAAAGAUCAAGUGACUCCUUUGGAAUAUGGCUUCAAAUUAAAAGAGAAGCUUCCUCAUUCUGAGCUACAAAUCAUCCCCAAUGCUGAUCAUCAAACUGUCUUUCUUGGAAGGGAGAAGGAAUUCACAAGAGAAUUGCAACAAUUUUGGUUAUCUUCAAUUGAAUGUAAAAGUGCUUCCAAAGUUGCAUGAAUUUUUAUUGUUAUGAGUAUUGUAAUUGUUGAAUUUGUCUCAAUAAUUUGGUUAACCCAAAUCAAGUUAUGUUUAAUGUAAUGGUUAGCCACAUCAGAGUUUUAAAUUUAAAAUAUAAGCCAUUAUAUAAUUGGUGAGUUAGUUAAGCUUAUAUAUGUUUUAUUUACAAUACUAGGGUUUCUAGCUGUUAUUAAGAUCUUGAGAGCUUUGUAACUCUUUUUUCUCCAUGUUAUUGGAUAUUUUUAUUGGCUGAUCA